CAGCCUAGGGGCCACCCUGGGCGGGGCGCUCCGACCGGGGAGAAGGGGUCAGCGGCGGGCACCAGGCAUGGGCUGUGGAGCCGAGGCGGGGAUGGGCUCCUGGAGCCCGGACUCCCGAGCCGGGCGGGGAUGUCCCGGGGCCAGCAGGCAGGAGCUGGGAGGAGGCAGCAGCGGCAGGAGCAGCAGCGGCGGCGGCAGCAGCGGCAGCUGGGAGGAGGUGGUGACGGUGGCAACGGCAGCGUCGGGAACGAUGGCGCGACUGGUGGCAGUGUGCAGGGACGGGGAGGAGGAGUUCCCCUUCGAGAGGAGGCAGAUUCCCCUCUACAUAGACGACACUCUCACGAUGGUGAUGGAAUUUCCUGACAAUGUUUUAAAUCUUGAUGGGCAUCAGAAUAAUGGUGCACAACUAAAGCAGUUUAUUCAGCGACAUAGUAUGCUUAAGCAACAAGAUUUAAGUAUUGCCAUGGUGGUAACAUCACGUGAAGUCUUGAGUGCACUUUCUCAGCUUGUCCCAUGUGUUGGUUGUCGUCGCAGUGUGGAACGCCUCUUUUCUCAGCUUGUAGAGUCUGGAAAUCCUGCCCUUGAACCCCUGACAGUAGGGCCCAAGGGAGUACUAUCUUUGACUCGAAGCUGCAUGACUGAUGCAAAAAAGCUUUAUACAUUAUUUUAUGUACAUGGGUCCAAACUAAAUGAUAUGAUAGAUGCUAUUCCAAAAAGUAAGAAGAACAAGAGAUGUCAGUUACACUCUUUAGAUACACACAAACCUAAACCUUUGGGUGAAGGGAGCAGUAGCAGUGUCAGUUCAGAGAAGUUAAGUACAGAUAAGAGAAGUAGUGAAGACCACAGGAAGGACAGCAAGUGUAGGAUCAUUUUCCAUUAUGGACCUUUCCAGGGAACAGCCAGAGGAUGUUGGAUGGAUGUUUGGGAACUAAUGUCCCAGGAAUGCAGGGAUGAAGUAGUUUUAAUUGACUCUAGUUGUCUUUUAGAAACACUAGAAACGUAUCUUCGAAAGCACAGGUUUUGCACUGAUUGCAAAAAUAAAGUCCUCCGAGCAUACAAUAUCCUCAUUGGCGAACUUGACUGCAGCAAAGAGAAGGGCUACUGUGCUGCCCUUUAUGAAGGCUUGCGGUGCUGUCCGCAUGAGCGACACAUACAUGUUUGCUGUGAAACAGACUUCAUUGCACAUCUCUUGGGUCGUGCUGAGCCAGAGUUCGCAGGAGGGUAUGAGCGACGAGAAAGACAUGCUAAGACAAUAGAUAUAGCUCAAGAAGAGGUUCUCACUUGCUUGGGGAUUCAUCUUUAUGAACGACUGCAUCGAAUCUGGCAAAAACUACGGGCGGAAGAGCAGACGUGGCAGAUGCUCUUUUAUCUUGGUGUUGAUGCUUUACGUAAGAGCUUUGAAAUGACUGUGGAAAAAGUGCAGGGUAUUAGCCGCUUGGAACAACUUUGUGAGGAAUUUUCAGAGGAAGAACGAGUUAGAGAACUCAAGCAAGAAAAGAAACGCCAAAAACGGAAGAACAGACGAAAAAAUAAGUGUGUGUGUGAUAGUCCUGCUUCCUUACACACAGCAGAUGAGAAAGCAGUAAGCCAAGAAAAGGAAACAGACUUCAUGGAAAAUAGCUGCAAAGCCUGUGGCAGCACUGAAGAUGGUAAUACUUGUGUAGAAGUAAUUGUUACCAAUGAAAAUACAUCAUGUACUUGUCCUAGCAGUGGCAAUCUUUUGGGGUCCCCUAAAAUAAAGAAAGGCAUGUCUCCACACUGUAACGGCAGUGAUUGUGGAUAUUCAUCUAGCAUGGAAGGAAGUGAGACAGGUUCUCGGGAAGGUUCAGAUGUUGCCUGCACCGAGGGGAUUUGUAACCAUGAUGAACAUGGUGAAGAUCCCUGUGUCCAUCACUGUGAAGACAAAGAAGAUGAUGGUGACAGUUGUGUUGAAUGUUGGGCAAAUUCUGAAGAAAAUAACACAAAAGGAAAAAAUAAAAAGAAGAAAAAGAAAAGCAAGAUGUUGAAAUGCGAUGAACAUAUCCAAAAACUUGGAAGCUGUAUUACAGAUCCAGGUAAUCGAGAGACCUCAGGAAACACCAUGCACACAGUGUUUCACCGUGACAAGACCAAAGAUGCACAUCCUGAGAGUUGUUGCAGCACUGAGAAGGGUGGGCAGCCAUUGCCUUGGUUUGAGCAUAGGAAAAACGUACCACAGUUCACAGAACCUACAGAAAUGUCAUUUGGUCCUGACUCUGGAAAAGGUGCCAAGAGCUUAGUUGAACUUCUUGUAAGUAGUUCACCAUAUCUUACUGUGUAUUGGGGGAGAUAUUUGAAGGUUUCAGGUAGGAAACAGAUGACUUUCUAUUUUUCACUGAUGACUUCUGUGACUUCUGGAGCACAUUGUUUUAUUUGUCUCAAAGUUCAGAGCAUUGGGAGAGUAAGAAGUGGCAUCAUGUCUAGAAAUCUGAGUUAUUGUAAACAAAAUUUAUCCACGUGGCAGUUUAGUACUUACCUUUCUAGAUCGGGAAAGAAUAUUAAAUAAGUAUAAUUUCAGUAUCCCAAAGGAAGAGUGAGGAAAGAUUAACAGUUUGGCUCAUGCUCAGCCACUUAAGAGUUUGAAGCCAUCCUAGGAUGAGACCCUGUUUUAAACCUCCUAUACUCCCUACUCCUAGAACAAAAACAAUAAAAAAAUACCUUGAACUAAGGCUCGCAUUCCAAGAUAAUUCCUUCAAGUGGUAUCUAGGAGGAAAGUAUAACUGGCCUUGGGAGAGCGGUAAAUUGAUACUGCCUCCUAAGGGAUUAAUUUAACUAUACUGGAUUGCCAGUGUCCGCUGUAUAGCGUGUGCUUGAGCAUGAAAAGGAAAGAAAGAAGACUGCUAUCCUGCCAUUUAAGUCCUUGUGGAACUGUCUUUGGGAAUAUUAAGAAUUUUAUUAUUUCUUUUUUGUGUAUGUUGUAAAGUUCAGUGGUGAUUAUAUAUAACAUUCCUUUAAGAUUAAAAAAAAGUCAUCUUUUACUUAAUUUGUAAAGAUAAAAGUUUCAACGUAGGACCAGCUAAAGAUAAGUCUGCAUAUUUAAAAAUUGGUGAUUAUUUGCAUCUAUCUCUAAUUAGUCACUUUUAAAGGCAGAGAAGUAUGGUAAAAGGUAGGCUCAUAGGUAUAUAGGGGAUAAUUACAGAUUCAGUGUUUGAAACCAAGCUGAGUUAGGUUUUAUUUUCUCUAGUUUCUAAGAUGGGUUGCAUGGUGCUUAUUCUGUAAGCAAUGCAGUUAGAGAUUGUAUGACUGGGUGGAAACUAAAAGCUAGACUGCUUUAAUUUUUAGUUGCCCCACCAACCAUAGUGUUUUGCAUUCUUUGUCAUGGUCUUAACUACUGCUUUAAUUUGCAGGAUGAGUCUGAAUGUACUUCAGAUGAGGAAAUCUUUAUCUCACAAGAUGAAAUACAGUCAUUUAUGGCUAAUAACCAGUCUUUCUACAGCAAUAGAGAACAAUACCGACAGCAUCUGAAGGAGAAAUUUAAUAAAUACUGCCGCUUAAAUGACCACAAGAGGCCCGUUUGUAGUGGCUGGCUGACAACGGCUGGAGCAAAUUAAAUAAAUAAAAUAGCUCUGUCUUUCAAUGAAACACUCAAGAUGACUACUGCGCCUUCUCUUUUAAAAACUCCUAAUUUAGUGACUUCUGGCAAAAUUUUACCUUAAAUCUUAAAUCAAUGUGAUUCCUUGUUUUGGGAGACGGUGGAGGUAACCUCAUUCGUUUGUUCUUUCUUCAGGCUUGUGUCUUUAGUUGCGUGGCUACGCAGGCCUGCCUAUGAUUUAAGCCAUCUCUUCAUUAAACGUUUCUCUUCCUGUGAGACUUACUAAAGCAACUUAGUGGCAAAAGUAAUGUUGUACUUACACUUCUGUACAGAAAUGACAGUGAGCUGGAUAUAUGGUUUACAGUAGACAUCCACUUGCAAAGCGUCUGGACAAAAUGUUAAAGGCAAUGUGCAAAAUUUAAAAUAAAGAGUAUUUAUUAAUACGCA